AUGUUUAGCAGCAGUGCCCUCGAAGGACGAAGGAGAGGAGGAGGAGGAGGAGGAGGAGGGAGGGGUCGCGGCGCAGGGCGACGCUCGCCAGACUAUGGACCGCGGGCAGGACAGCGGAGGAGCAACGUUCCUCCGGGAACUUCGGUCGAAGUGGUCCAAAAGCAGCACCAACGCACCGGGGAGCUUACCCCGGGAACUGUCAGUAGGCUCUUGACGAAUUCGGGCUUCCACCCCCGUGGAAUAAAGGUGACCCGCCUCAUGUAGCAUAUAGCACAAGUACAUUGUAGCUGCAGGGUGUAGAUGGCGGAAUUGGGCUUUGAGAGAACUGACGUGUGCCCGAGAGCGUGCAGGGUAUCGCAACGUUGUCCACAGGGUCCAGCGAGAGCGCCUCUUCGGCACCACGGAGGGGGCUCGCACGACCGCCUUCGUCACCGAGCAAAAUUCCCCCGCUUAUCUCCACGUUGACCUACCUGUCCUUUGUGUACGUCUCUGUCGACCCGCACAGGUGGUGCUUGCUGGGGGUGUGGUCGGUCGCGUGCAGAACGUCCCAGGUGUCGACGAAGCAACAACAACUAAUACGUCGACCGACAUGCCCGUAGUCGAUGGCGCGCGUGGUUACAGCAGCAGCAGCAGCAGAAGCAGAAGCAGCAGAAGCAACGGCGGCGCCAGUGGCGACGAUGCUGGUGCCGUCAUCGACCCCCUUGUCGUUGCGUCCACAACAAUGGGCACCACCAGCCGGCGGAGGGCAUCACCCGUUGAAAGACAGGGGAACGGUUCCCCGGUCGCCACCCCGGUCGCAGCUGCCCCGCCCCCACGCCCAC